AUGGCAGAGUGAUGACAUUGACAACACGCUCAGGCACCGGGGAAGAUGUCUCGAGGUUCCAGCGUCAGUGAUAAAGAAGAGCAUCUGAAACUAGCGUCUGUUGUUAAAGGUGUGCAUGCAAAACUUAGGAGAGAGCUGCAGGAAAGUAAUGGUGACUUUGAUAAAGUGUGGAACGAGCACUGCUCUAACCAAGAUCUCCUCACAGAAUAUGCUGAGGCGAUGCACCAUCUGGCUGUUGACCACUGGAGCAAAAAUCCUGAGACGCGAAUCCAUUGGUGUAGACGCACCUGCUUGGAAUACUUCUUGGAAGGGGGGCUGAAGAGAGCACUGGAUAAGGAAGAGAGACAGAGGUUGUUCAAUAGGCAGUUCUCUCACCGCGACUCCAUGAGUAGUCAGACGAGUGAUGACUGUGAGGUAUCAACGUCUAACGUGAUUGUCACUGAUGGUCAGGUGACACACACAUUGUUUGUCAAACACCCCGAGACUGCCAGCGAUGUGGAGUUAUCAACAGCAUUAUCAAACUUACAGUUAUUUGGUCAAGAAUCUGCUCAAACAACUGACACUUAUCUUCUGGAGGAGUCAUCCUAUUGUGUCUCCUGCCAAAGAGCAAAGGACAAUAUAGAUCAACUUGAUCUCUCCCACACUGAUCUCAAUACGAAGACUGUACAAGAAUUCUCAGACACUGACAAGAAAGUUUACCCAGUGCAAUGCAGGCAGUGUAACACCAAAGUGGAAACAAUGACUUCUAAAACCAGUGACAUGAUGAAGCUGGACUCAGAGAAGUUACAACAGAGAAGUGGCAAUACAGAGGCUGAGACAACUGCUCAGUCUCCUCCAGCUAGGAGAAGGAAACUACCAGACUCAUUUCCUACGGAUAUAUUACAAGCUACUCACAUUCUACAACCAUGGCAACUGCCCCCUGAGCCAACAUCCACUGAGAAAAGCCCAGUUCUGCCAGCUGAAGAAACACCUACAGAGGCUGAACAAUUCCCAAGUGCCAUGAGAUUAACAGACACAGCUCAUAUGGCUGAUUCAAGUACAAAACAACAUUCAGAACCCCCCAGUUGUGAGCCUCAGCCUGAUAUUUCCACCAGAGAUCAGCCAGAGCCCCCCAUAUGUAUCCCCCACUUGAACAGCCCUGCCAAGGAACACUCGGAGCCUCCCACUCAAAGCCUCCCAUUGAACAGUCCUACUAAGGAACAACCAGAACCCCCCUUUCGAGGCCCCGCAGAUCUCUAUGACAACAACAACUACAGUGUGUCACCCAGUAGUGAGGUCCAGUCUCUGCCAUCUGUGGGCAGCCAGUCCCUGGGGGGUCUGUCCAGUUCGUCAGGGAUGGACAGUGAUGGUUUUUUUGUACCCUCUGACCAGGAGGCGUGGAGGUCCAAACAACACCAGCUGUCCAAAGGAAAUUACACCUCUGUAACUCUGCCAUUCCGGGGAAGGAUUCGCCUGCUAGAUGUUGGCAGCUGUUUUAAUCCUUUCAGGGAGUUUGAGGAAUUCCUGGCACUGGGUAUAGAUAUCAGUCCUGCCGUAGAGUCUGUGUAUCACUGUGAUUUCCUUCACCUAGAACUGUCAGAGCCUCUCCAACUCGCUGUGGACACCAUGGACUCCUAUCUCCAGUCUGUCAAAGAUCCCAUAGAGAGGCUCCCUGCGGAGUGCUUCCACGUUGUUGUCUUCUCUCUUCUCUUGGAAUAUUUCCCCUCAGCGUAUCAAAGAUGGCUGUGCUGCCAGAAGGCCCAGCAGCUGUUGAUGAUCAAUGGUCUCCUGUUGGUGAUCACACCGGACAGCGGUCAUCAAAAUAGGAACGCUCCUAUGAUGAAGAGCUGGAAGAAAGCAAUCGAGUCACUGGGGUACAAGAGAUGGAAGUACGUAAAACAGGAACACCUGCACUGUAUGGCAUUUCGUAAGAUUCAUCGUAGCUCCACGGAGUCUUACCUGGUGGGUGACGUCACUCCUGACAUGAUGUACAUACCCCAGGAUUUCCAUGAAAUCAAGAUUCAGAGCAAGAACUUUGGGAUAUCAUUUAGUGACAACACUUUGGAGGAUUACAACUGUAUACGAGAGACUUUUAACGAGAUGCCAUUAGCUGAGGAAUCUGAGGAGGAAGAGGAAGAAGACUUGUGUUAACGAAGUCUCUGACUUUGUUUUGAGAAUUAUUAAAUCAACUUUCCAGGUGCUACUGGAAGAAUGUUAAUACGGGCUGUAUUAUUUAUCAGUAUUGUUGAGAUAAGUGUGACUUUACUAUAUAUAAACCCUAGGCUGAAACCAAGUAUGGCCACUUUUUUCAUUGACCCACAUCAAUACUUGACAGACCCAGUAUUAACUAUUGUAACAGUAAUUGCUUCAUCUUUUCAAUGGGGGAAAUUGUGAAUUUGAUAGAAUCUGAUACUGCAUUUUUUUUUUUUAAAGUCGUAAUUUCUUCAAAUUAGAACUUUCCUAUUGAGUGGUGGCAGCAAAAUUAAAAAACAGGCUACUCUUCAUUUCUGUACUAUGCAAUAAAAUCACCACAAAUGCCACAAAGAAGUAUUUAAAUUUUAUAAAAUAUAGGACAGUUCCGAUAUUUAAAUAUAUAUACAUUGGUCAUUUUCAACUCUGGCUCUCAGGGUUUUUGUAGGAACAGUUUGGUGGUCAUCCUACAACAUACUAGUGGCAUUGGACUAAUCUGAGAAUUUUAUAAGUAUUUUUUGGCAAUUUUCUGGGCCAUCUUGUUCAAAAUAGGCCAGUAUGACCAGAGUAAUUUUGGAACUUUUUUGUUUUCCUCUGUAACAAUUAUGCAAUUGAGUCAUUAUAGGAUGCUCUUAAAUAUUCAAUAGGUAUUAUAUUUAUUCAACAGUUAAGAAAAAAAUUGGUUUUAUUUUCUUUGUUAGUAUCAUGUUAUUGUUAAACUGAGCAAAAUAAUCGAAUUUAAGUUAUAAUAUCAGA